AAUCCAGAAGCGGGGAUGAACAUUAGUGAAAUGAUCUCCUUCUGGGGAUACCCCAGCGAGGAGCAUGAUGUGGUGACAGAAGAUGGCUACAUCCUUCAGCUCAACAGAAUUCCUCACGGGAAAGGAAAUGCUGGGUGCCAAGGUGUGAGACCCGUGGCACUCCUGCAGCAUGGUCUCCUUGCAGAAGGCAGCAGCUGGCUCACCAACUUGCCCAACAGCAGCCUGGGCUUCAUCCUCGCAGAUGCUGGCUAUGAUGUUUGGAUAGGAAACAGCAGAGGGAACACCUGGUCCAGGAGACACCAGGUCCUGACUACCAAACAGGAAGAAUUCUGGGCUUUCAGCUUCGAUGAGAUGGCUAAAUAUGAUCUCCCAGCUAUGAUCAGGUUUAUUGAGCAGAAAACAGGACAGAAACAGCUGUAUUAUAUUGGUCAUUCCCAAGGCACCACUAUAGGUUUUGUAGCCUUUUCCACUAUGCCCCAGCUGGCUCAGAAAAUCAAGGUGUUCUUUGCUCUUUCACCUGUGACCACGGUGAUGUUUUCUCAGAGCCCGUUUAGAAAACUCUCAUUCUUUUCUGACUCUGGGCUUAAGGAGCUGUUUGGCACCAGGGAAUUCCUACCACACACUGCCCUGGGGGAACUGAUCCUCUCCAGGUUCUGUGUGUGCUCAAAGGUCUGCAAGCACCUCUUGGCUAUGGUUUUUGGGUUUAACUGGAAGAACACAAACAUGAGCCGAUUCGAUGUGUACGUGGGACACACCCCGGCGGGGUCAUCGGUCCAGAACAUAAUCCACUGGCUGCAGGGAGUCCAAGGUGGGGCACUGAGAGCUUUUGAUGGGGGGCACAUGUACAACAGUCUUCACUACAGACAGGAGGGAGCACCGUUCUAUGACGUGAAGGGCAUGGAGGUGCCCACGGCCAUCUGGAACGCGGGGCAGGACUGCCUGGCUGACCCCCGGGACACUGCCCUCCUCCUCCCCCAGGUCAAAAACCUGGUACAUCACAAGCUGGUUCCCCACUGGAACCACAUGGAUUUUGUGCUGGGCCUCGAUGCCAGGGAGGUUUUGUACCAGGAAAUCCUUGACAUAAUGAAGAAGCAUCCCUAAAGAUGCUGGCUGUGCUUGAUAUGAUUUUUUUUUUUCCUGAUUUUUCUUAUAAGAUUAGUGCUGUCUCUAGAGGAUUUUGAAAUUUCUCUCUAUUUGGGCCACCUGAAUAUAGUUCAUUAAAAUGUUCUGCUUUUAACUGGAGCAGUGACAGGGCAGGGAGAGGAACCUUCAUGCUAUUCCUGGGGGCACUGCAUUGCCUUUAUUUUUCCACUUUUUUUUUUUUUUUUUUUUUUUUUUUUUGUGUGUGUGUGUGUCUUCAUCAGUGACACAAAGCUCAUUGUUGCUGUCUCAGGUCUGGCGCUGUAGUGCUUAAAACCAUCAAGGUGGAUCCAACCUUGAAAGAGAGAGAAACAGAUCCAACAGAUCUGUGGUAAAAACCACAAGAAUUAGGUUCCCAGAAUGUUUUGGGUGUGAAGGGACCUUAAAGCCCAUUCACCUUCCCCUACCCCAGCCUCCUCCAAGCCCCAAUGUCCACCCUGUCCUUGGAUCCAGAAGCAGUCACAGUUUCUCUGGGCACCCUCUGCCAGGAGCUGCCCACCCUCCCAGGAAACAAUUCCUUCCCAAUAUCCCAUCUGACCCUGUCCUCUGGCAUGGGAAGUCAUUCCCCCUUGUCCUGUCUCUCCAGGCCCUUGUAAAUAGUUUCUUUCCAGCUUUUUCCCUUCAGGUACUGGAAGGACAUCUCCCUGGAGAAAAAACAGUACUAAUGGUUUUGAAUUUAAUAAAAAUUGUCAUUAAUCACAUUUUAAUGUAGCUGGGUUUGGCCUCUUUUUUUUUUUUUUUUUUUUUUUUUUUUUUUUCCUUUCAGUGACUGAGAGGUGGUAAAUUAAUAAAUCCUGAAGAGUAAUUGCAAGUCAGCCCAGUGUGUGAUUCUGGUACAGAAUGUGUAAAAUCCAAAUAAAAGGAGCUUAGGGUACUCACAGAGUACCUGUGUCUUAGGGUUUAUCUGAGAUGUUUUGGUAAUAAGAUUGAGUGGUCAUCUCAGAGGUACUGUGAUGGGUUGAUGAUUAUUUUCUUUAGCCUGAAGGAGAGGCAGUUGUUUUACAGCAAAAAAAAAAUUGGAUGUUUCUGCCAGUAAAAAUCCUGAGGCUCAUCAGAA